CUUGCAGCUUUCCGUCGAACUACAAUUUGACAGCGCAUUCUCUUCGAGGAGGCAUCAAAAAUUUUCGGUAACAUUUUGUUUUCAGCGGAAAAAACUUGUCGAUUUACGAGGCAAUUUGUUCGGUUGACUACGGGAAUCGUGAGUUUCGGUGAAAUAUAGUGCGCGAGUUCCAGUUUGAUACGGUGGCCAUCCGAAACCAUUCGGCAAAAAAGAAUACCCGUCGAGUGCGUGUGUGAAGUUGUGGAGCGGAAGCCAAACAGCGGGGCGAUUUGUUUUCGUUUUUCUCGGUCUGGAGGAGGCUGCAAAAAUGGAAGUGUGCGAGCGUGUGUUUUGAGCAUCCUGCCUACGUAUUCGAAAUUUACCACCAAAAAAUAGGUAGAAUCCUAAACUCGGAAGUGAUUUUUUUUUUCGGUUGGUGGAGGAUUCGCAUCGGCAGUAGGAGCCAAAGGGGCAGUGCGUUUUGUUUACCGUUCCUAGGACGGGAAGCUGCUGUCAGAAGUGUUGUGCAAAUUUCCCGCUGCUUUGAUUGGCCUUGAAAAAGCGCUCCCGUGGAAUAACGAGAAGUGGAUGCGGCUUUUCGAUGGUCAGCUAGCUGAUAAGAACGUAUCGGCGAACAUCAGUUAUAAUGAGUGCAAUUUGAGAGGAAGCUGAAUCGGAAGCAUUUGCAUCAGGAAGUAAAACAAGAAAAAUGUCCAAAACGACAACGUUGUCAGUAACUGCUACGGCAACUGGUGGGGGAAGUGGUGGUGGUGGGGGAGGAGGUGCUACAUCCGGUGAGUUUGAUGUACCAGCGUUUGAGCAGAAACUGAAGGAGCUCAAGGAUACACAGGAUAGCAUUCAACAGCUAUCGGCAUGGUGUUUACAGAGAAGAACGCAUCACAAGAAGAUCGUGAGCAGCUGGUUGAAUAUACUAAAACAAGUGAAAGUGGAAAGUCGGUUAACGCUCUUCUAUCUGGCAAACGAUGUCAUUCAGUACAGCAAACGGAAAAACUACGAAUACGUCGACAGCUGGGGAACGUACCUGCAGAAAGCGACAACACUGGUUCGGGACGAAAAAGUAAAGCACAAAAUCCUCCGAAUAUUCAAGAUUUGGGAACAACGCGAGAUCUACAACGAUGAGUUUCUGGCCGAUCUGAACGGUUUGCUUAGUGCCACAUCGGCGAAGAAAGUAGAUUCAGCUACGAGUCUAUCGACUCCUACUGCAUCGUCGAUUAAUGCUGCUCCGCAAACGGUCACCUUGGCAAGCGGCCCCUCACGUUUGUCGGAUCAAACCAAAAACGUUGUCAUCACGUUGGACGUCGAUGACUUCCAGAGUGCUCAGCUGGUGUCUACCAUUAAAGAUUGUGUGAAAAAUGAAACCGACACGGAUACGACAUUCAAAAGCUUGAACAAAACACCGCUGGUCGAUGUAGAGCUGGUCAGGAAUUCUAUCAAAGGCAAAGAACGGAAACGGGUGGAGGAUGUCGAACGCGAGAUUGAGGAGAAUUUGGUCCAUUACCAAAGUUAUGUACAUAGUCUGAAAACGGAAAUCAAAUCAAGGAAGCUACUGCUGAGCCUGCUGGAGCAGGCUGAAACUUUCUAUCACAAUCAACGAGGGGAAGUGAAAGUUGUGGUUAAUGCCUACCGAAAUUUCGGCAACCGACUGAAGAGCAUGAAGAAGAAGCUAGAUGAGCUGACGACGACGUUGCCGAGUCCGAUGCCGUCGCCGGACAUCAAUGCGCCCUCGCCAGAGCCGGACAUGGAUUUGCAGCUACCGGACGAUCAAAGUUUCUUCAACGUCAACGGGAUGAUGAAUAGCUACAUGGACGGCAAUCUUCCCUUUGAUAUCAACGAUUUUCGAAGAGAAUCUCCGACGGCAAGUGCGGUGCAAUCAAUACAAGUGAUUAACUCCAGAAAGGAAGAAUCGGAAGGAGUAAAUGAUUUUCUAAAAACGUUUUUCCCAGAUACGCCCAGUAGCCAGCACUAUGGCGCUGGUCGUGGUGGAGGACCCCCCCUCGGAGGACCACUGCCUCCUCCAACGCGCAAUUCCGCUGGUUCUGGUCCGUAUGUUCCGUCGCACAAUAGCAGCCCUUCGAUGGAAGAGUAUGGUAAUGGACCGGGCGGUGUUGAUUACACGUCCAGUCUCAACAGCUAUGGUGUCCCUUCUGUGGUAAGUGGCGGUGCUGACUAUGGACUUCCGGGCCUAGGCCCACGACCAAACAAUCACCACAAUAUGGGCAUGGCACGAAGUUACGGAGCGGGUCCACAAUACAAUCAACCAAUGCUUUCGGAUUACCCCGCGGGAAGAUCUCAACCUGGGCCACCUCGCGGUCCUCAUCAUCCGCCUCCUCCUCCUGUUAAUCUGGACCGAUCUGAUGAGUACAAUUCGACGUGGGAUAUGUCGAUGACAUGGGAUGGACCACAUGAUUCCACUUUCCAGGGUCUCGAUACGCCUGUCUCGCCUCCUCAUUACGAAAGAAAAGGUGUCAACUCAAAUGUGAUUGAGUAUAUCGACGGUGUCAAUGAAGAUGGCCCGCUUCAGGAUGUAGAUCACCGCCAGCUUCCCAACAUGCCAUUACCUGCCUUUAUGAAGGAUAAGGGACGGUUGAUGGACGUGGAUCAUCGUAAUCUUAUCUCGUUGACGGGUUCGCCUGGUCCUCUGCUCAGCAAAUCGGGCUUGGAUGAUCUCGAGGACAUCGAUGAUGACGAUGACGACGAUGUGAUAUUAUUAGCGGAGAAUGAUAAGGAUUACUCCAAUUCGAAAGAAAACUCGAUUCCAGCACCUGUGUCACCGCCGGCAGUGGCAAAGGUGGCCGAUUCUUCGCUUAAUGCGUUCCCUUGGGGUACCGGUACGGGUGAUGUAGAUCUGAGGCAAGCCAGUCUGAAUAUGUUGGUACAGACCAAUGCCACGGCACCACCCACGACCAGCAGCAGUAGCACAAGUAUAGCCACUACCGUCACCAGUGAACCGAAAGAUCUCGACAUGCGAAUACAGUCGAUGCAGCAAGCACUGGAUUCGCGUUUCGGCGGUGAUGGUACGGACGAGGAAGCGGAAACGAAUGCGGUAGACGAUUCAAAGGGAGGCGAUGACGCACUGCAGUUGUUGCAGACGCCCACCUCGCUGUUGGAGAUUGAUGAUUUCCUGCAAAACUUCGAGAGGGAAAACUUCGAUUUAAGUAAACCUCCAACCGUUCUGAUGAGCAAUCAAACCGAGCCGUCACUUUCGCCGUCACCUUCGCCCAUGGAUAUUCCAGCUUCGACUCCGAAACGUACAACGCAAGGUAGCAAUGAUGUCGAUGAACCUUCGGAACCACCAACCGACAACAACGAAAGUGUCGACAUGGAUCUUUCCGACGAGGAGUACGUCCCAGAGCAUCCUACCGGAACGACGGCAGCGUUACACGACGAGCCCAUAGAAGACUCUACGGAACCGUACGAACCUUUCGAAGGUGAAGAUGUCGAAGAUUCUUUGAUGUCGCUGAUGAAUCCUCCGCUUCUGACUAAGGAGGACAUUGUAGCAAAUAUACCGAUACCUCCGGCGAUUCAUCAGCAGCAGCAACAAGAGUCACCGCAGCCGCAACAGCUACAACAACAGCAACAGCAACAACCACCACCACAACCGCAACCACUGCAGCCACCACAGCACCGACCUCCGUUACUGCCCGAUCCCGAUUUCCCGCCGUUCGCUUUCCCUCCCGCUCAGCAGCAACAAGCGCAACGGAAACAAUGGGACGUGCCGCCACCGCAGUUUAACAACUUUGGGACCGGUCUGCCAAAUUUGGGCGAUCUGGCCAAUUUUGGGGAGUUUCCUAACCUAGCGGCCGGGUUGAAUAAUCUGAAUCCGCCACCAACGCCGGGACUUCCACCCCCACACAUUUGGAACAACCAACAGCAGUCGCCCAUGGGGCCCAUGGGUGGAGGUCCAAUGGGAAACCAAUUUAACUCACCCAAUCGGCCUCCGUUUGGCGGGUCGCCUUUCAACAAUAACAACAAAAUGAACAACUUUAGGAAUCACAACAACAACAACAGUUGGGGUGGUCGGGGAGGCGGAGGACCACGGCAUGGAUCGCCCUACUUCCGAGGGGGCGGUCGAGGCAAUUUCCGCGGCGGCAACAAUAAGUUCCGCGGCGGUCACCAUAAUAACAAUCGAGGUGGAAAUUGUUGAAUUGCACUCCAUGGGCAACAUUUAUAUUUGAAUGUGUAAACGAAAGCAAAAAACCUAUUCCCAGCCUAGCCCGAAUCGAGCGAAACUUGACUGUAGUUUCUACCAAAAUAGAGCAAAAAGAAAUCAAAUCCAAUAGUGAGCGUGGGAUAGAAAACGGAGUAGACAGUUCUUAUUUGAACCAGAAUUUGAACAUGAUUAGGUUUGAGGAUACGGUUCGAUAUACUUCAUCGUGUCGCUGUAAAUAUGUAUGUGUGCAUGUGUGGACAUCUGCAAAGUUGGAGCAGAGUAAAAAAAACGUUUUAGAUUACAUAUAGUCGAACUAUAAUAGGCAAGCUUAGGAGCUUAAAGUACCUAAGGGACGAAUUUUGAUCGUUUGUGAAUCAUCAACUAACGUUUUUCUCUCACAUUUGAAAACUACCUUUCACUAGGUUAGACUCGUUCAUUCGGAACGGUGGCGAUAUACUUGAACUUAUUAACCGGUUCGCCCCCCGCUAAAGCUGAUGAAGGAUGUGUAACGAACCUACUCAACUCACACAUACCUACAGCUACUAUUACUUCUAGAUUAUAGAAUGAAACAGUCAGAACGGAAAGGGACCCGUUUGAAGCAAAUUACUUUUCAAUAUUGAAUUCGCGAAUACAUCUGUUAUUAAGUACAUUCUAAAAAAAUAUCUUUUGACACACAAUGAUUUGGAAUAGUGCAUUAAUAUGUAAAGUUUAUUAAAACAUUGAUGAAAAUAAUUUACAAAUGUAGAAAAAGUUCUGGAACAACAAGAGAAAAAAACUGUACAUAUAAGUAUUUAUAAUAUAGUGUUCUGUACUUGAACGGAGAGUGUGCAUGUGUUUCAAAUCAACAACAUGACUAUCUAGUAAUAAAUAGAUCGUAACUUCAGAUCCGAAGAUGGUUUUUGAUCGUCCAGAAAGCCAAUUAAAUUGAUAAAAUGAGGCAAAAAAAAAAAA